UUAUGUAGGAGAGCAAACAGGGAAAUGGGACAGCGCUGAGCAGAUGAACAUUAAUAUUACUGAAAGUCAUCAGAACCAGACUAUGAUACAUGGAACCAUAUGACUAGAGGGACUGGCUGAUUGAGAUUACAGAUUACAGGCACUGCAGGAACAAUCUGCCAUACAAUAUUACUGACUUGAAAUCAUUUUUGUCGUCAAGGUAGUGAUGUAAUUUUCUCCGUCAGGUGGGGCUUGUGUGUCAUUAUAACGCAGUACUGUUCUUCAUCGUUGCUCGCCUGAGAUACAUAGGCUUGAAGCUGUCUGCUGCUGCCGUAGUAAGUUGUGUAUGGUGAAGCUAUAGUAGUACUAUUGGGUUAUUAUGUACGAGGAUGGAUAAAUAUUGACAUCAAAUUAUCUGUGUCAGUUUUAUAUGAAACAAUAUUCGGUGAACUUUUGGAUUUUGGAUUUAUGACACUAUAAACAAAGAUCUCAGAACUAGUUCCUAGCUACACAGAAUGACAUGACAUUCCGAGUAUCCAGGAAGGUUUACCAAAAACUGCAGGGAUGGAUCUCGAAGGUCUAUCCACAAAUCAGAGUGACCCAGACUCUUGGUUGACUGUAGUCAAUGAUACAGUGGUUGGCCCCCAUCCUAAGUCUGCCAAUGCUGCUAACAUUGUCGUAUGGAGCCUAGUCUGUGCCUGUAUCACCGUUUUUGGGCUGGGACUUGCCACCUGCAAAUUUUUCAGAGACCAAUAUGAGAAGCCGGAAAACAAAUUGAAAAGAAAGAAGCGAUCAGAGGUGGAGAAAAAAGAUCGAGAGGAGAAAGCGGUGACAGCUGUCAAGAGAGACCCUAUUAUGGCCGAAAACUUCUUGCAGAGGUUGAAACAGAAAAAGUCUGACAAAUAUCUCAACAUUGAAGUCAGGGCGAUCGUUCGGAAUCAAGAUGAAUUUCCUUAUUCGGUUUCUAUGACUCCAGAAAAUGUUCUUAAGAAUGUCAACCAAGAUGUUGUGCCAUACGAUCACGCCAGGGUCAUACUACAAAGUGUGCCACACAGAGAAAAUGGUUAUAUCAAUGCCAGCUAUAUUGAUGGUUACAGUCAAGAAAAGGAAUACAUCGCUUCACAAGGUCCAAAACAGAAAACAGUUCCAGCAUUUUGGCACAUGGUUUGGCAAGAAAGUGUCCAUUGCAUUGUCAUGGCAACAGGACUUUUUGAAAAUGCCAGCCAACAAUGCGACAAAUACUGGGGAGAUGUGUUUAGUAUGCAGAAGUAUGUUCGCCAUGGCGACAUCCACAUUUGGCUCGACUCCACCAUGGAGAUUGCUCAACUUACCAUCCGUAACUUCCGAAUAAAACGGGAUGGGGAAGCUGAGGAAAGGAGUGUCAAGCACUUUGAGAUGGUGGGCUUUAAUGACGAGGCUACAGACCCAGGGUUUCUUCUGGACUGUAUCCGUCGUGUUAAUACAUUUAUGCUGGGGGUCACAGGUCCUAUUCUUGUUCACUGCAGGUGUGGUGGGGGUAAGACAGCUGUGUUCAUCGCCCUCGACUGCUGCCUCAAACAGCUAGAAAGAGAAGGGUGCAUUGAUAUAUACAGUACAGUUCUUCAUCUACGAAAGUUCAGGAAAAAUAUGGUCCGCACACUUUACCAAUAUCGCCUUAUUUACGAAGCUGCAGCUAUGCACAUCCAAUGUGGGACGACAGUGGUGCCGUCUGCACAGCUCCCUGCAGUGGUCCAGAGACUGGCUAUCAAGGAUCCUCGUACACGUCUUCACGGAUUUGAAAAAGAACAUCAAAUAAUAAAAAACAUUGCAACACGAUUGAGUAUCGGAGAUUGUGCUGGAGGGCACCGGUCAGAAAAUCGGACAAAAAGCCGCGACAUUAUGCUGCUCCCACCUGAACGAGCUCGGCCGUACCUGUUGACGUCCGAGUCUAGUGAUAAUGGAACCGACUUCAUCAACGCAGUGUUUAUUGACGGUUAUUAUCAAGAAAACAACUUCCUCGUCACACAGUGGCCUAUGCAAAACACAAUCAACGACAUUUGGCGUCUCAUUUACGACUACAAGAUCAUGUCCCUGGUGGUUCUCAAUGACGUCAAAUAUUCACGGAGCCAUCCUUGUUUCUGGCCCUCAGAUUUGGAUGUGGAACACAAGUAUGGUCCGAUUGGGGUUCGCUAUAUUGGCUGUCAGAAAUUUCCAAACAUUGUCAUCCGAGCCUUUGCCGUGAGAAAGAACCUCACCUGUAUGUCAGAUAUCACAGCCGAAUACGCAGUAGUAAAGACUUUCCAACUGACCUGCUGGCCAGCCAAGGAAAAGACUCCCCAUAGUUCCAAGUCCAUGAUCUACCUGAUGGGCUGUGUGGAGGAAUGGCAACAACGUACAAACCCCCUAAAUCCUGUUUGUAUAAUGUCAAAGGAUGGGUACACACGUUGUGGCGUAUACUGUGUCACUAAUAUCUGUCUCGACCAGCUGAAGGCUGAGGGUGAGGUUGAUGUGUUUGGUGCUGUGCGGGUCGUCAAGAAAAAUCGCCCAGACUUGGUGCCAAAUGUCGUAGAAUAUGUGUUCUGUUACUCGUUUGUGGUGACCGUGCUGGAUAUUAUGCAAGAAGACAAACCAAAAAUUGUGAUAACUGGACCAGCGUCUAAAGGAGGCCAGGUGAACAGGGGCUACCAUGUGGACAUGUCCGGUCUCCAUGGCAACCUAUUCAAUAAUGAUGAGUUCAGCAACCUUAUCACCAAAACCUCACAAAUUAGCUUCCAUCAGGGAUUUGACAUCCAACCACCCUUGGACAGUAAGAAUUUGGCAGCCAAAGGCCACAUUACUACACAGAGGGCAGCACUCGCUCAUCUCCAAAUCCCAAGUAUUGACAGUGUUAGCGUGUCCUCUGCAGAGUCUAUUUAUGAGUCUGACCAAGGCGAGUCUUUAAUAAUGAAUAAACCUGUGGUGCCGAAUUUAACCGUGGCAAACGGUGUGCGCAUGGGAAGUAGAUACGAGGAAAAUAACAAUGUGCGAGUACAAAAUGGCCAUGGUAACCUAACUAAUAGUAGCUUCUCCGGCAACGGUCCUCUGGCUACCCCCAGUGCUUUCUAUUCCACAGCAUCCUCCUCGAGAAGUUCUAACUCAGAAAUCUUCCGGGGGGACUUUGUGCCCACUCAAAAACCACUUCGAGAAUCCAGAACCAAAAGGCCAACACUGCGUCGACAAGAUGCAACCGAUUCUGAUGCUGUUGAAAUGAAAAUGCUGGAAACCAAAAAUCAAACUGACGAAAGUCUUUCACUUCAAAUUUCACCAUUAUGAUUGAUAACAUCAAGUUUUGUACUGGGACCGGACCAGUGACCUUAAAUGACCAGUGUCUUGAUGUAAGACUUAUUUUCUAAUCGCAUAAAAAAAAGUCAAAACUGUGAAGCUCUUCGUAUGAAUAUACACAGAUAUACAUACACAAAUUUUAUUCCGACUCUAGGAAUUUUUACAUAUUCCUAUGCUGUCAGUUAAUUUCAGCACAAUUGGCAAUUCAGUUAGUGAACGAGAAUGAUAUGAAGAUCUGUCAUUCACAGACACUUACAUUCUCCACUGUAACUGUGGUGGUUGUUGUUAUUCACAGACACUUACAUUCUCCACUGUAACUGUGGUGGUUGUUGUCAUUCACAGACACUUACAUUCUCCACUGUAACUGUGGUGGUUGUUGUCAUUCACAGACACUAACAUUCUCCACUGUAACUGUGGUGGUUGUUGUCAUUCACAGACACUUACAUUCUCCACUGUAACUGUGGUGGUUGUUAUUCCCAAUAACUGGUAGUUCAUGGUAACCAUUGUGAGUCAUUAUAACAUGAUAUUCAGUUGCCGCAGAUGAUGAUUUAUGAUAACUGGUUACUCACGGUAACUGUUAGUUCAUUGGUAACUGGUUACUUAAAGUAACUGGUUAACUAUGGUAACUGGUUACUCGCAUUGACUGAUAACUCAAGGUAUUUGGUUACUUACAUUGACUGGUUACUCAAGGUAUUUGGUUACUUACAUUGACUGGUUACUCAAGGUAUUUGGUUACUUACAUUGACUGGUUACUCAAGCCAUUUGGUUACUUACAUUAACUGAUUACUCAAGGUAUUUGGUUACUUACAUUAACUGGGUAAUCAUUGUAACUGUUCAGGUUCCCAGUACAGAUCAUGUCAAUUAGAGUAGAUUUUUUAUCUGUAUGUUUACAUCAAGUAGUUUUAUAUUUGUGUAAAACUGUUUAAUCAAUUGAACAUUAGGUUGAAUAUUGAUUAAAAGGAUGGUUGAAAUCAACGGCGGUAGUAUUUUGACAGCAACUGAACUAAAUAUUGAGAUUAAAUUUCAUAUGAACCAUAUACCACUGGAUACAAAUUAAAUUGCUGCAUUUAUUAUCAGAUUUGUUGAAUUAGUUUCAGACACAUGUGUUUUUUUGUACACAUAUUGGGGACAAACAAAUAAUUGUACUACCCUAAAAUCUCAAUUAUAGGCCAUGACCUAUUUUCAUUUUAAUAAGGAAUCACAGGCUUGUUUUCAAUGCCUGAGCUUUUUCAAGGCAGUCUUGUUUUCGAAGUCAUUCAGACAGUAAUUAAGCCGUCAAUGGCUUAUUUUAAAGGUUGUUUUUUUUUGCAUGAAAAACAUUAUGUUUUACAGUUUUUUAAAUGAAAUUAAAUUGUUUCUAUUUUCUCUAUCAAAUUGUUGCAAUAAUAUAUCAUGUGAUGUUGACCUGUAAAACCUCUGUAGGCCGACAAGGAAAAAGUGCUCCUACCUGGAAUCCAAUGCAUCUUUUUCAAGACCGGCCUGUUUUUCAAGACGGUCUAUUUUUGAGGUAUAUUUGACAGCAAGGAAUCCAAGGCUAAUUCUCAAUUGUGGCUCAUUUUGAACUCAGGCUUAUUAUCGAGACUUUCGGGAAUUUGUUUUUUCAUUACAUCAUCCUUUUAAAAACAAUUCCAAAUUGUAAUACACCUAAUGGAAAUAUUUUAUGAUUUUACUGUUUAUAAAUUGAUUAAUAGGGUCAACAACUUGUGGGUCAGAAUCGAGGUUCUGACACCUAAUUCUGCGCCCAGAUACCUACAUAAUGAUUGAUUCUUUGUCUCCCAUCACUUAACCAAACUUUUAGAUAGAUAUUGUAACAAAUAGCGCUACCUGGUUGCCAGCGAUUGAACCAGUCAAGUUCCGCUACAUUCUUCCCUCCUUAAACAAAGUCUUCAACCUUGAAGUCACUAGAGACCCCAAACCACUUUUGGUGGGUAUAUUUCGCUGGGCGCUAAAUGUCACAGGAAUGGGAAACUGCAUGGCCAGACCGGGGUUCGAACCCAGGACCCUCCAAACUUGAAACGGAUGCUCUAACCCAUUGGGCUUACUUGUCGGCGAUCGACCCAGUCCAGUUCCGCUACAACGUAAAUAUUAUAAAAAUAGGAGGAAAUUGUAUAACAAGGAUGUUUAAGCGUAAAGUUCAUUGCACAAGGAAGAAUAAAGUCAAAUAGUAAAUACAACAAGGAGGGUGUAACAUUUAGUAACAUUUAUUACAAGGAGGGUGUAACAUUUAUUACAAGGAGGGUCUAACAUUUAUUACAAGGAGGGUGUACCAUUUAGUAACAUUUAUUACAAGGAGGGUGUAACAUUUAUUACAAGGAGGGUGUAACAUUUAUCACAAGGAGGGUGUAACAUUUAUCACAAGGAGGGAAGCCUAUAACGUGACUGUAAGUGAAACUUGACUGUACAUUUUGUAAUUGAGGAGGGACAUUGAGAAAUUGGUGGAGGUCAGGUAUGUCAAUUUUAUAAUGCCACGAAGGAAAAGCCUAAUUUGUAGAGCUCACAUGUAAUUGUUAUUAUUCCUCCAAGUAAUUAACGGAUGUAGAGCCCAUAUUGUCAUGUUAGUGGUGACUUAUCUUGUUAUUGGUAAUCAGUGUGUUCAGUUACCAGACUUGCUCAAGAAGUAAAGAUAAUACAGACAUAUCAUAUUUCCAACAUAUUGUAUAUGUUCAUUAUAAAAUGAAUCUUGAGCACUGUGCCCCAACGAGUGAUGAUUGGUUUUCAUAAUCAUCUAACUAAUUAUAAUUGAGUUGUUUUUCAAGUUUUUAAAUGACACAAGUUUAAUUGGAAGUCUUUUAUUUGUAUUUUGAAAAUCUAAUUAAAUUGCUGUGAGAAAUGACAUCAGCAAUUAUCAAAGGGUAUUGUUUUGUGACAUCAUGUGUAUAAAUUAGUGUAUAUAAUAAUUACCACCUACAUGUUAGAUUUAACCAACACCAUGACGAUGUUUCACCAGGCACGGGAGCGAGCACAUCUCAACCCAGUGUAUAUGAGAUUGUUGUUUUUUAUUAGGACUCCUGUUACUAUGAUUACAGAUCAUUCCAGUCCUCAAGAAGAACUCAACACAGACAAAAUGUACCAAGUCUGGAAUAUUGACAUGUUUGUAAUGCAGACCAAACCUUUACUCUGUUUUUAUUAUGUUAAUUUGUUGAACUAUUUUCUUAACAAAAAACAUGUAAAUAUAUAUAUAGUGUUAUGAUGAAUGCCUAGAUGUACACAAUUUUUCUAUUGUUUAUAGUGUUGUGAUGACAUUUGCAUUCCGAAAAAUUCCAAUAAAACCGAAGAAAAUCUUUCUCCCUUAUGUGUCAACAUUCACUGAUGAUAUACUUGUAUAUAUAUGAAAUCUUGAAAGUCUUCCUUAAAUAGAUUUUGUAUCAUGUAUAUUAUGCUUGUUUUGUUACCUUGUAAAUAUAAUUGUUUUUGGAUUGAUACAUUUUUCAAUACAAAGUCGGACAGUGACUCAACUUGGCUAAAGGGAGACUACCCAAUUUUCUAACACUGACUUAUGGAUGAAGGGAGAUAAUUCUGUUGGUG